AUGCCUCCCAAGAAGGCCCAAGUCCAAGAAAAGGUCCUCCUGGGCCGUCCUGGAAACAGCUUGAAGAGUGGUAUCGUUGGUCUUGCCAACGUCGGCAAAUCGACACUCUUUCAAGCCAUCACCAAGUCCUCCCUGGGUAAUCCGGCCAACUUCCCUUAUGCCACCAUCGACCCAGAAGAGGCCCGUGUCAUCGUUCCCGAUGAGCGGUUCGACUGGCUCUGCCAGCAAUACAAGCCCAAGUCCCAGGUUCCUGCCAACUUGACCGUGUACGAUAUCGCCGGUCUGACCCGUGGCGCCUCCACGGGUGCGGGUUUGGGUAACGCCUUCUUGUCGCACAUUCGUGCCGUCGACGCCAUCUUCCAGGUGGUUCGCUGCUUCGACGAUGCCGAGAUUAUCCACGUUGAGGGUGAUGUCAACCCCACUCGGGAUCUGACCAUCAUCAGCGAAGAGCUCCGUAUCAAGGAUAUCGAAUUCGUCGAGAAGGCUCUCGAUAACUUGAACAAGCAGACGCGCCGUGGUGGCCAGUCGCUUGAGAUGAAGAAGCUGAAAGAGGAGGAGGCUACCGUUGCUAAGGUCCUGCAGUACCUGCAGGAUGGCAAUGACAUCCGGAAGGGUAACUGGGGUCCCAAGGAGGUCGAGGUCAUCAACCCUCUGUUCCUCCUCACGGCAAAGCCUGUUGUCUACCUAGUCAACCUGAGCGAGAAGGACUACAUCCGCCAGAAGAACAAGUACCUCCCCAAGGUCAAGGAAUGGAUUGAUACCAACUCCCCCGGCGACCCGCUGCUGCCCGUCUCGGCAGCGUUCGAGGAACGCCUGACACAGCUUGGUGACGACGCUGCCGCCGAGGAGGAGUGCAAGAAGCUGGGCACCAAGUCUGGACUGCCCCGGAUUAUCACCACUAUGCGCACGUCUUUGAAUCUGGCCAGCUUUUUCACCACCGGCGCGGAUGAGGUCCGGCAAUGGACCAUCCGCAAGGGCAUCAAGGCGCCUGCUGCCGCCGGUGUCAUCCACACUGAUUUCGAGAAGACCUUCAUCCAGGCUAUUGCGUACAACUACUCUAUCCUGAAGGAGCUUGGUGACGAAGCGGCCGUCAAGGCGGCUGGUAAGAUCAUGACCAAGGGCAAGGAGUAUGUUGUCGAGGAUGGAGAUAUCUUGCUCAUCAAGGCUGGUGCUGCCAAGCACUAG